AUGAGUGGUCUAGCCGAUCCUCCAUCCUCUAGGCACACCUUCACCGGAGCUCCCGACGCUCGCGGUAAGACACGAAAACUCCCGGUCCUUCCUUCCUCCGCGCACCACUCCGCCGGCGCAAUGGAGAUCACACCCCCUUCUUCUGGACCAACAGGCAUAGCUGCCGUUCACAGUAGCCCCGGUGGCGACCGGGGGAUCAAUAUCAAUGGCCCCGAAGCCGGGAACACGAGCAAUCCCCCCAACCCGGCCAUUGGGGCCGCAGCCGCAGCUCAGCAACCCAAAGUGGUGCAGACUGCCUUUAUCCACAAGCUAUACAACAUGCUUGAAGAUGGUGGCAUCCAACACCUUAUCUCUUGGUCAAGCACCAAUGACAGCUUUGUCAUGUCUCCAACCUCGGAGUUCUCUAAAGUCUUAGCCACAUACUUCAAGCACACCAAUAUCUCGUCGUUCGUCCGACAACUGAACAUGUACGGAUUUCACAAAGUGAGCGAUGUGUUUCACACGGGAUCUCCGGACUCUGCAUUGUGGGAGUUUAAGCAUGGAAAUGGCAAUUUCAAACGGGGCGACUUGGUUGGUCUCCGAGAGAUCAAACGACGUGCAUCACGACAUGCCUUGAUUCACCGUGACUCGUUCCCUGGUCAUAAGGCUGCUCCAUCACAACCGGGUACCCCAGCGGAACCCGUUCCUGAUGCCACUGAAGCUCGACUCAUGAACCUUGAACACACUUUAUAUGAUAUGCACAAUCGCUUAGCUCGUGCGGAAGAAGGCAAUGUUGCGCUUAGUUCCCGAUGCCAGAGCAUGGCUGAGGGGCUUGCAAAAUGCUAUCAUUGGACCCAUUCUAUUUCUCGCUUCCUCUCCGCAGUGGUCCCUGACAGGGAAUCUCCUCUAUACCGUGACAGUAUGGAAGCCCCGUCUCCCCGUAUUGCCAUUGACGAAAGUUCACUAACACCGAGUUUAGUCUCGAGCAUGCAAAGGGAAGUCGAGAAGCACCUGGAAGCAGUUCGCGCCAUGGAAACUGCCUCUGACACUCUAAUGCCACCCCGCCAACCGUUUUUUGGGAAUUUGCCAGGAGAGGGUGGACCGCCAUUGUCCCCUCGUCAAUUACCCCAAGAUGAUAGUCGACGGCCGUCCAUGAUGGACCCCUCUCGAACGAACAUGAUUCGACCUCCUGUUCCGCCGCAUCUUGCGUCACCUCGUCGAUAUGGUUCCAUCGGAGGCGCCAAUGCACCACCUAAUUAUAAUCGACCGCAGGCUCCUCCAAUUGCACCGCAACAACCAACACCCCAUCCUCUAUCAAUCUCCACACCCCCGGGGCCUAACCUUGGCCGUCGUCAUACGUUUGCCGACAUUCGGCAAGCCGACUGGCCUCCAUCUGGAACCUCUCCUUUCCCACCUGGCAACGCUGGAAGUGGUCCAUGGCCCUCAUCCCCGAACCGGGCACCGGCUUCUAGUGAUCAGCAAGUCCGGGAUGUUCUCGCCCAGUACGAGAUGGGUGCACCACGACGUCUUCAGGAUCAAUCCCGUCACGCAACCCCACCAGCUGGCGCCGAGCCAUCUCCAUCGAUGCUCAGCGCAGACAACGGCUGGACGCUGGGAGGAUCUCGAUAUCAUCGUCAAGAAUCAUCCCUGCCAGCCACCCGCCGCUCUAGCAUGGCUAGCAAUGUCCACUCGCUUCUGAAUCCCGCUGAUACUGCCGAACGCCCCGAUGAGGAACAGCAGGAGGAUCGCAAGCGGAAGCGCCUGGAGUAA